AUGCUACAGUCGGUGGGUCUAGCGACCUUGUUGCUGCUGCUGUUUCUGUUGGCAGCAGCAGCAACUCUGACGAAUUCUAUAGAGACAGCUCAACGAGCAGCAGCAGCAGCAGCAGCAGCAGCAGCAGCGACAGCAGCAGCAGCAGCAGCAGCAGCAGCGACAGCAACAGCAGCAGCAGGAACAGAAACAGCAGCAGCAGCAGCAGCAAUAGAACGCUCAAUGGAGCUGCAGGAGCUGCUCAUACACCAGGGCGUUGCCUCGCUGCUGCAGCAGCACGCCCGAGACUUUGCUGCAGCAGACAGCAGCAGCAGCAGCAGCAGCAGCAGCAGCAGCAGCAGCAGCGAUGAAGAAGAUGGCUGCAACUGCUCACACUGCAGAGCAGCAGCAGCAGCAACAGAGAAGGUCAGAAGCAAAAUCUCGCGCUGCUGCGUUGCUGUCCUAGCAGGUGUGCGUGAAGAUGCAGCAGCAGCAGCAGCAGCAGCAGCAGGAAAGCAGCAGCAGCAGCAGCAGAAGCAGCAGCAGCAGCAGCAGCAGCAGCAGAAAGGCAAGAGAGGAACCAUCAUGUCUUGCUUCAAGCUGACGGAGUUCUCUGCUGCUCUUGAGGCAGACAUGCUGCAGCAGCAGCAGCAGCAGCAGCAGCAGCAGCAGCAGCAGCAGCAGCAGCAGAAGCAAGAGCAACAGCAGCAGCAGCAGCAGAAGCAGCAGCUGCUGCUGCAGUCUCUUCCUGCUGCAGCAGCAAAAUACCGGCAGCAGCUAACCCGAGACCUCCGGGGUGUACGCGCAGCUCUGCCCCUCGGCGUAGAUAUCUUGGGUGUAUGGACACCUGCGGUGCUGCAGCAGCAGCAGCAGCAGCAGCAGCAGCAGAAGGAGAAGGAGAAGCAGCAGCAGAAGGAGGAGAAGGAGCAGCAGCAGCAGCAGCAGCAGGAAGGGGAGCAGCAGAAGGAUGAAGAAGAACGGAAGUUACAACAGCAGCAGCUGCAGCAGCAGCAGCAGCAGCAGCAGCAGCAGAUGCUGCUGCUGCAGUUUGCUGCUGCUGUUAACAAAGCUAUGACUGACACCACCGAUGCAGAGGGGGAUGGAGAAUUCCCAGACUUCUGCAGCAGCAGCAGCAGCAGCAGCAGCAGCAGCAGCAGCAGCACGCGCAACGACAACAUUGUAUUUGCUCUUCUCCCCUCCAGCCAGCAGCAGCAGCAGCAGCAGCAGCAACAGCAGCAGCAGCAGCAGCGGCAUCAGUCGGAGGCGGAGAAACUAGCACAGUGCUUUACAGCCUUUGACGUAUCUGCAGCAGCAGCAGCGGCAGCAGCGCCAGCAGCAGCAGCAGCAGCAGCAGCAGCAGCAGCAGCAGCAGCAGCAGCAGCAGGGAGACAGCUGAGGGUGCAGGUCGAUGACGUGCGGCUGCUGCUGCAGCAGCAAAAGAACUGGUUGCUGCUGCAGCUGCGUCUGCCGCUAGACCUGCUGCUGUCUCCUGAAGCAGCAGCAGAAUGCAUGCAGCAGCAGAACGUUGCUGCUUGCUGCUGCAGCGGGGGCCUGCUGCUGCCAUCGAUUACUCCUGCUGCAGCAGAAGAGCUGCUGCAGCAGCUGCAGAUGCAGGCGCAGCUGCUGCUGCAGCAGGACGGCGUCUUCUUCUGUCUCCCUGGUGGCUGCUGGCUGUCUCCUACUGCAGCAACCAGCAGCAGCAGCAGCAGCAGCAGCAGCAGCAGCAGCACAACGUUGGCUGCAGCUCUGUCUGCGGCGAAGAAAGCUGCAAGGCAGCAGCAGAGCAGCAGCAGCAGCAGCAACAGCAGCAGCAACAGCAGCAGCAGCAGCAGCACAAGUGAUUACAUCAGCAGCAGCAUCGAAGCAACAAGCGGAUGCCUCGAGUUUGCUGCUCAGUGCUCCCGGCUGUCUCCGCAGCAGCAGCAGCAGCAGCAGCAGCAGCAGCAGCAGCAGCAGCAGCAUAGAUUGCUAGAGGGUUUGUUGCUGCAGGUGCCUGUGUCUCGCCCCUUCAGCAGCAGCACUUCUGCUGCUGUUGGCUCUCACAUCAUUUGUGCUGCUGCUGCAGCAGGAGCUUCUGCUGCUGCUGCAGCAGACACACCAGUGCAGCUGCUGGGGCCUGCUGCUGCUGCUGUCUACCCCCCAGAAGCAGCAGCAGCAGCAGCAGCAGCAAAAGGAGGCCGCGCGGUUAAGACUGCGAAGGAAAAGCAGCAGCAGCAGCAGCAGCAGCAGCAGCAGCAGCAGGAGAACGAAGCGGUGCUGCUGCAGCAAAGUGUUGAAGCACAAAAAGCAGCAGCAGCAGCAGCAGCAGCAGGAAGAAGAAACUGCUGCUUCUUGCUGCAGUGCGACGUCUCCGUGCUGCUGCAUCGAGACACGCAGCAGCAAGCAGCAGCAAAGCUGCUGCUGGCUGCGCUGCUGCAGCAGCUGCGGUUUGUUGGGGCUUCUCUAUCACACAUGGCAGCAGCAGCAGCAGCAGCAGCAGCAGCAGCAACAGCAGCAGCAGCAAGACAGCAGCAACCGCUGCAGCGGGGACCCUUUGCUUCGCAGCCGCUGCUGCUGCACUCCUUGCUGCUGAAAGGAGACAGCUCCACUGAGGGUCUCCUGGCUUGA